GAGUUUUAAGUCUUUUAUGGUUUACUGUAAAUGAAAGGAUUUAUUUGUUCUAAACUGGUUUAGCAGCUUAGUGUUCUUGUCUUAGUGACAAAUAGUGACAACAUACCACCUCAGGUAUUUGGAUGGAAGAAACGAACUCACAGACGCCCUCUUUGGUUCAUGACUCAGCAGUUUCAUUUCUGAAGAAAUUGCGCUCAUACAGUAGAUAAUUCUCAACCCUGUUCAAGACUUAUCAGUAGCCUGCACUCUACAGCACGAGAUGGGGCUUUUAACAUUUGUGGCUUUAGGAGGAGGAGCAGUUGUUGGUGUGGUCGGGGCUCCUGUUGUUCUGGGAGCCAUAGGUUUCACCUCAGCUGGAAUAGCAGCAGGCUCUUAUGCUGCCAGCAUGAUGUCGGCGGCUGCUGUGGCAAAUGGAGGAGGAGUGGCAGCAGGAAGUCUGGUGGCUGUUUUGCAGGCAGCAGGCGCUGCUGGUCUGUCAACUGCUGCCAACUUGGUUGUGGCCUCCGCUGGAGCAGGUGUUGGAGGGACAGCAUUGGGCCUGGCUGCGCUCAUCUGAAACUCAUGAAGGAACAUGAUACAUUCUCUAUGAUUUUACAUUUACCCAAACAAGGAAAAAUUGAAGAUUAAAUCAGUUAGGUUAUUUCAGAAUGUUUUGUGCAAUAAGUGGUAACUAAUGAUGUAAGGUAAUAAGGUAAUAAUAUUGUAGUUUUUAGAGUAUCUGUAAUUUACUUUUUUUUAAAAAAAUAUUUUGGUCAACUUUUACUUUC